AUUUGGAGUAUUAUAAAACUAGUUUAGCAGCCGAGAGACUGCAGAUCGAUCAAAAUUUAGAGCUGAUCAGCACUGCUGCAGAAGAAGAUGAUCAUGUCAACGAAGAAAAGAUACGCACUUCUGCUGGCAGCAAGGGACUCAGACUACGUCAACAAACUCUACGGAGGAUACUUCAACGUCUUCGUCGACACAUUCGGGGAGAAAGAUCUAGAAGAAGGCGACAGUUGGGAUCUGUUCCGCGUGAUCGAUGGGGAAUUCCCUCAAUUGGAUCAUCUUCAUCUCUACCAAGGCUUUGUCAUCAGUGGCAGCCCCCAUGAUGCCUACGGCCAUGAAUCUUGGAUUCUUCAGCUUUGCUUUCUUGUCCAGACCUUGUUUGCUUUGCACAAGAAAGUCCUCGGAGUCUGCUUUGGUCACCAGGUGAUUUGCAGAGCUUUGGGAGGGAAAGUGGGAAAAUCUUGCAGUGGGUGGGAUAUAGGAGUGAGGAAAGUGAAGUUUACUGAGGAUUUCUACACAUCAUCAUUAUCAUCAUCUGUUGGUUUGUAUGGAUCUGGAGAAGUAGCAGUGAUUCCUCAGAAUCUCUCCAUUAUUGAGUGCCAUCAAGAUGAGGUGUGGGAGGUGCCUGUGGGAGCACAAGUGCUUGCAUUUUCUGAAAAAACUGGAGUGGAAAUGUUUGCAUUUGGGGACAACAUUUUAGGGAUUCAAGGGCAUCCUGAGUACACAAAGGACAUCCUUAAUAAUCUCAUCGAUCGUCUUGUCUCCAACAAUUCCAUCCAGAGAGAAUUUGGUGAAGAGGCGAAGCAGCAAGCGAUGAACUCAGAACCUGCGGAUAGACAGCAAUGGCAAAAGAUUUGCAGAAGAUUUUUGAAAAUGGGGUGCACCAAAUUCGUACCCAUUUUAAAACUCUAAUAAUAUUCUGUUUCAAAUUAAUUUUCUAAAGUAAUAAUAAUUGGAUCGAUUUGGACCA